AUGAAUGAAUCUCUAAUCAACCCAUUCAGUACCCUUUCCCAUCCAACUGCUGUUCAAACCUCUCUGUUUGCUGGUGCCCUUUUCGCGAAGUUCGAUCCUACAGGACGGUUCAUUGCUGCGGCGCGUCUGAAUGGCUCUGCAGAGGUUUGGGACCUGGAGACACGCGCUCCUAUUCGGUGGUACGAUGGGCACGUAAAGACGAUCACCAGCAUAGACUGGUCACGCAAUUCUCGAUAUCUUUUGACCUCCGCAAAAGACUGGAAUGUUCUAAUAUGGGACCUAUCUUCAACAUGCGACCCUCCACAGCGACACGCUGCCAUUCGCUUCGAUGCACCCGUUAUGUCCGCGUCUUUUCACCCUAAGAACAGUCAGGUAAUUCUCGCCGUGCUCGCAACAGGUGAAGCCUACGUCUGUGAUCUGCGAAAGCAACACAAGUCGAGGGUAGAAUUGCUGGAGACGAUCCCAGACGAAGGAGACGAGGAAGAUAUCCCACCACGUGCACCAAUGACAACAGCGCGUUUUGACCCCACUGGCAAAAACAUCUUCGUUGGCACAGCUUCUGGAUAUAUCCUCAUCUUCAACACACGGACGAAAACGAUGAUAGCUCGACACAAAAUCUCCGGUGCAGGCGCGAUGAAAAGCUUCGAUUUUGCCAAGGCAGGACGACGCGUCGUAACGAAUUCAUCUGACCGCACCCUCCGCCAGUUCAUCCUCCCGAAUUAUGCCCCAUAUCAACCCAUCUCGGAGACGGAGCAACCACCGUUCCUUGAUGUCGAGCUCGAGCCUACGCAUCGUUUUAGCGACCCUAUUAACAAAACUGCGUGGCAUGCGAUGUGUUAUAGUCCGGAUGGGGAGUGGCUUGCUGGAGGUUCUGCAGACCCUGCUGGGCACAAAAUAUAUGUUUGGGAUCUGUCAAACGACGGCCAACUAGCCACUGCGCUUGACGGAGGGCGUGAACCAUUGACAUACCUCCACUGGCAUCCCACAAAGUCCUCUCUAGCUUCGACAACAAACCACGGAAGCAUUCUCAUAUGGCACAACCCGACGCCGGAACGAUGGGGCGCCUUUGCCGGUGGUUUCGAGGAGGUCGAUGAGAAUGUCGAGUACGAGGAACGCGAGGACGAGUUCGAUAUUGAAGACGAAGCGGUCCUCUUUGAACGCAAGAUGAAAGCCGAAGAAGAGGAAGUCGACAUCGACACUGUUGUUUCCGGCUCACAGACCUCUGCUCUUUUCGGAGGCUCCGGACCAACACCAACUUCCGCACCAGAGACCCACAGUGCUGGCGAAGCAGGAACCCCCGUUCAUGUUGCAAGCUUAGGGAUGGAGAACGGAAAUAGUGCAGCGGAUGUAGGUGACCUAGCGGGUAUAGACGUUGACGCGGCGUGGGCAGAGGAGGACCCAGAUUGCGACGUGCUGAGCCAGUGGAAGGUGAAGGUUGUCAUGGAUAACGACGCUGCCGAUUUCUACUGA